CACAUCAUCUCAUCUUCCAAGAAUGGGAAGAACGACGCUGAGAAAACUACUUCUAGCCUCUGCUUGGUUCGCCUCUUCUAUCUUACUUUUGCAGAAGAUAUCCCGCCGACCAGUGACUUCCUAAGACGUAAUCAUGCAGCGGCCAUCGUCCUGGGCGACUAUCUUUAUAUCGACGGGGGAGAGGUGUCUCAUCUCGACAACGGGAAGAACUCCACCGACAAGCGCGCAUCCCACGCCCUCAACCAUACCCUCUCACUUCCCCUGAAUAUAUCCUGGAACAACCAAACAGUGGCCUUCAAUAAGAUCCCCAAACCUCCAUCGGUACCUUCCCUCAACUGUCAAGCAGCCUGGCGUGAUCCUUCCGGGACGGCGUUCUACAUCUGGGGUGGUAUAACAUCGUACCGCACUCAGCCACCACCCUCUGAGCUGUGGAAAUUCACAGCGGAUGGUUACGGCGGUGGCUCUUGGAAUAAACACGAAAAGAUCUCUUCUGUUUCUCUGGGCAAACAUGUUCGUACAUCACGUGGAGCAUGGACCCAAAGCAAAGAUGUGGGAUACUGGCUUGGAGGAUAUGGCACAGCUAAUACCGACACGAGCAUCCUCCCACCGCAAAGUUCAGAUGGUGAUAAGAACAUAUUUCUCGCUGUUCUGGGAAUUACUUUGCUCAAGAUGGCCAGUGGAGAGCUUACAAACUCCUCGUCGGUUGGCAUGGGGCCUUUUGGGACACUCUGGGGCGGCAGUGCUCACCACGUACCGUUAGGGGGUGGGGGUGAACAAUCGGACGGCUUGUUGGUUUUCCUGGGAGGUGUAACAGCGCCGGUGCUGUCGUAUUUGGAGUCCCCAGACCACAGGCCUGUCGAAUUUACCAAUAUCACCGUCUACGAUCCGCUUUAUAAGAAAUGGUAUUCUCAACAGACAACGGGGGCAAUACCUACGCCGAGGUACCAAAUUUGCGUGGUUGGUGUGAAGGGGGACAAUGGGACGUACGAGAUCUUCAUAUAUGGAGGCAUUUCCUGGUCAUCCGCCAAGACGCCCAAGACUGUGGGUGAAGUGUAUGUUCUUUCUCUUCCCGGAUUUGUUUUCUUCAAAGCACCUGUCGAACAAACGCUGGGAAAAAAGCGGGACGAUCACACCUGUGUGGUGGCUGGGAAACGACAAAUGAUCACAAUAGGGGGUUAUGACGAAUCAUUGCGUAGCCCGGACAGGUAUUGGCGCGAUCCAGACCCCUGGUCCAACGGCCUUGGUGUGUUCGACUUGACAGAAAUGAGAUGGAGCAAUGAGUAUAACGCAGCUGCUGAAGGGUACAAGUCACCGGCGGUAGUUAAAACGUGGUAUUCAGAAGGUGGCCUGGAAUCGGUGGCCUGGUCAGACAACACAUUAAAGCGGAUGUUCUUGGAACCCCAAAGUACUACCAUACCGCCAGAUCAAGAAAGCUCAACUCCCUCCGAUCCUAGUACCGGCACGUCGCCUUCACCAUCACUUGAAAUUGUGGUAGGCGCUGUUUUGGGUGGUGUAGGUGGUGGCACAUUACUUGCUGCGGCCGCCUUUCUCUUUUAUCGCCAUCACCGGAAGAGAAAGCCAAAACAACCGCGCUUGAGCUCACCAACAGAGACAACUCGGACAAAGCUUUACACAAACAGAUGGUCGAAAGCCCCGCUCAAGAGCUGCCAUCUUGCUCAAGCGCCGCUGAGCUUCCAACCGACCACAAUCAUUGCGAGUUGGGUGCAGCUCAUGGGCAUACUGAGUUGCCUUAUGGUGACACGCAAUGCGAGAGCCAGCAACCGCGUGAACAGUCGGCAAGAUAAGAGCAUGGGAGACCUUUUCCUCCGCACUAACAGCCAUACGCGAUAG